CUCAAAAACUAUUGACCGUGAUUUGUGGCCAACAUGGGAAUUCUAGAAAAGAUCCAGGACAUUGAAAAUGAAAUCAAACGUACACAAAAGAACAAGGCCACCGAAUACCAUCUUGGUCUGCUCAAAGCUAAACUUGCGAAAUAUCGUGUCCAGCUGCUAGAAGGAUCCAAAACGAAAUCAGAAAAGGGUGAAGGCUUCGAUGUGAUGAAAUCAGGCGAUGCUCGUGUUGCGCUCAUUGGUUUUCCUUCUGUUGGUAAAUCAACACUUCUUUCCAAGCUCACCAAGACGGAGUCUAUAGCUGCAUCGUACGAAUUCACAACCUUGACGUGCAUCCCUGGUAAAAUCGAAUAUAAGGGCGCUCAGAUUCAACUGCUGGAUUUACCUGGUAUCAUUGAGGGAGCGUCGCAAGGCAAAGGUCGAGGUAGACAAGUCAUUGCAGUUGCACGGACGGCAGACAUUGUCUUGAUGAUGCUUGAUGCUACCAAGAGUGAGCAGCAAAAAGCACAGUUGGAGCGAGAAUUGGAAACAGUUGGCAUCCGACUCAAUCAAGGCAGACCAAACGUUGCUUUCAAAGUCAAGACUGGAGGUGGCAUUACCAUCAACGCAACAGUGAAAUUGACAAAAAUUAAUGAAAAGAUGGUGCAGCACAUUCUCCACGAUUAUAAAAUAUUUAAUGCAGAUGUGCUGAUCCGCGAAGACAUUACUGUCGAUCAGUUUAUUGAUGUUGUGCUUGGAAAUAGAAAGUAUCUAACAUGCAUAUAUUGCUACAAUAAGAUUGAUCAAAUCACGAUAGAAGAAGUCGAUCGACUUGCAAGGCAAGAUAAUACGGUUGUGGUAUCUUGCGAACAGGACCUCAAUCUUGAUUACCUUGUCGAACAAAUAUGGAAGCAUCUGAACUUGCUGCGAGUAUACACCAAGAAGAGAGGAGAGUUACCCGAUUUUAGUGACGGAUUGAUCAUUCGAAACGGAGCUACGGUUGAGCACUGCUGUCAUGCAAUCCAUCGAUCGCUCGCAGAAGACUUCAAGUAUGCCUUGGUGUGGGGAGCAUCAGCGAAACAUAAUCCACAACGAGUCGGCUUACACCAUAUUGUGAAUAAUGAAGAUGUUAUACAAGUAGUUAAAAAAUAGUGGGAGUUUUAUUUUGCGAUCUUUUUGUUUUUCUUUUGAAGAGGUCGUGGCAAAUCACAUCGCAUGAAAUAAUAAAAAUAGAAAAAAGGAAAAGAGUCGAUGGAUAAAAAGGAGGUGACUGAAAGGUGUAAAUCAAAGAAGGUUAUCAC